AUGAAUUACUAUCAUUAUGCCUUAGCAACUUCUCCUAAUAAACAAUCUUUUUAUUGCGCUAAUGGCGAUAUUAUAGCUUAUAUGUGGGUAGGUUCUAUGGUUCAAAAUCAAGGAUUUAGAGAAAACGCUAUGCAACCAAUGACUAAGAAAGUUAGCGAUAAUGGUAUGCCAGCACAAAUAGAAUAUAUUGGUGAUGAUCCAAUGAAAUCGUUUGGUGUGGUUAUCAAUAGCGGAAGAUCUAGUAAAGUAGAUAUUCAAAAAGCUGUUAAAUGA